CAGUCUGCGGUCACACUGCGCCAGAAGGAAAACAAAAAUAGAGAAGUUAAACACAACAAAUAACAAAAGAAAAUUCAGAAUGCAGGCUAUACUUCCCUCACUGGAUGUCCUCUUCCUUGGAUUACCGGGUCACUAUUCGGUGGCCCUGAUCACCCUGCUCCUGUGCGUUUUGAUCGCACUCUACUUCGCAAACUUCUUCAAGGACAAAACCGAACUGGAGGAUGAGGGACUGGGAGCCGACGAGCCGCGCGAUGAGGAGGAUUCGGAGUCGCGGACUCCUCAGGGGGAGGAAACCGACGACGACGAGGCCUACGAGGAGAACUCCACCGAAAGCGAAGUGGAGUUCAUCGAGGAACAGCUCCCCGGACACAACUACAACCACCUGAUGGGCCAGCUCAAGGCCAAGCGGCUCCAGCACAAGAUGGAGAAGGCCCUGACUCCAGGCCAGAUCGAGGAGGAGCGCCGAAUCGAGCGGGAGCAGCUGGCGGCCAUCUUCGACCUCCUUCGCAGACAGGAGGCGGAACUGAAUCUACAGGAUCGCAUCAGCGAUCAGGAGCUCAAGCAGCAGGUGCGGCUCUACCGCUGAAGAGAAGGGAAACGAAAGCUCAGCUUACCUGAAGGCAGAAACACGUGUGAUCUAUUAGUUAAAUGUUUAAAAUUUCCCUAUUUGCUGCUAACAUAUGCCGCUUACUUAGCGUAGGACCGUCAUUGUUAAGGAAAAGUUGUUUGUUAUGUUACAGUAUUUAAAGAAUUCCUAAUGUAAUUAACUUCUAAUUUAUUUAAUACGCGAAAUAAGUGUACGUUAUUCACAUUUUCAAAUCGAUCUUGUGUUUAAAAAGCUUGUGAAGUAAUGUCUAUUUUUCGAUGGUUUAGGCUGCUUUAAGGAGUAUAUCAGUAGAACAACUUAAGUAUUUUCGCAUAAUUAGUUGCCAAAUCCGUUGGUUAGCUUUAAAUUGCACUUUUAUAGGCUUAGUUUCAUUACUAAAGGUAUUUGUUGAAUAAAGAAUGUAAAUCUGUGUUGAAACUUUA